AUGUCUUCCGUGAAGAUGAUGGCGGGUGGCUGGCAGCACAGCCCCAAGGAGGAACCUCGCCCAGGAUCAGCUGGGCAGAUGGUUGGCAGCCAGGUGGUGGUGCAGGCGGGAAAGGACAAGGAGGCCAACGCCACUUACAGCAAGCUCAACAAGGACGACCCGCUCAGGCAGCACUACGAGGCCUUCUGGCCAGAGCUCGCCGCAGCCAAGCCACCAGCAGACCAACCAGUCGCUGGAUUCAAGGCAGUGGAGGCAGCUGCUCGACGCUUGGACAAACUCCAGAAGAAAGUGCGAUCGGCAGGAGAGCAAGUUGAGAGUGCCCAGCAGUACUUGGCCGAGAGUGAACGCAAGCUUCGUGAAGCCAUGGAAGCCUCCAUUGCAGCCGAAGAUGAGUUCGACAAGCUCAAGGCCACAGUCGGCAAGCAAGAGACACCAGCUGAGCCUGCAGCCGAGAAGCCAACUCUGGCAGCCCUCUUGGAGCAGUUCGAGCACGAGCCUGACGACUUCCACAAGUGGUCCGAGCCAGACAAGGAGGUCUGGCGGGCAGCCAAGGCCAAGGGCGAGCGGAUGGCCCAGACGGUCAAGGAGCACGAGGAGGAGACGGCGAAGUACCUGCGACUGCUGGAGGCGGAGACGGCCAGGCACCAGGAGCAGCUGCGCCAGCUCGAGCAGCCCCUCAGCGAGGUGCCACCGCAUGCACUGAGGCAGCAGGGACAGCUGGCGCGGCCGUGCCCACCGGCGCCGCAGCAGCUGCCCAACCUGGAGCAGGUGCAGCAGAACAUGACAAAACAGAAGAACGCCGAGCCAGAGUGGAGGCCCACAUCCAGGAGGCGCGAGAGAAGGCCUCGCAGGCAAGGCGCGCCGAGACAGUCGUCGACGCAGAAGGGCAGGGCGACCACUCAGCAGGGUAGCCGCCCCAAGGCGAGCGUGAAGAAGGCUCGCCGCCCGCGCCACAUUGACUUCUUCAACGUCACGACCUGGGGCCCCCAGGCACAGGGCUACCUCAUGGAGAUCAACAACACCAAGGACAGGGAUAUCAUUGGCAUUGCGGAGCACCACCUCCGCCAGCCUGCACAGAUAAGCAAGGACAGGAUUGCGGGAUUCGACGAGCACUACCUGCACGAGGGCGGCAGUGACGUCGCGGUGGUGAUCUCCAACCUGCACAAGGUCCGUUUCGCAGUGGCUUUCGUCUACCUUGAGUGUGGGGCGGGCUUUGGAGAGAGGAAUGUCGACUUCCUCUGCGACCUGCGGGAGAAGAUGGCCGUCUGGGGAGGGCCCUGGGCAGCGCCUGGGGACUUCAACAUGACGCCGUCGGAGCUCAACAACAGCAUUUGGCCCAGGGUGCUGAAUGCUCAGGUAGCUGCGGCGGAGGAUGGCGCCCCAAAAUGUUUCCCAGCAGCAGGUGAGGCCAGGUGCAUCGACUUCGCGCUGAUCUCGCAGGGCCUGGCGCCGUACUUCGACCAGCUGGAGCUGCUCAGGACCGUGCCGUGGGAGCCGCACAUUGGCAUCCGCUUGAAGCUGAAGGGGCGGCCCCUCAUGCUCAAGGGCAGGGUACUUCGCAGGCCAGCAGCCAUUAAGCCGCCAGUCGCAGUCGAGAAAAUGCCGAAGUCCAGAGCCGCUUGCAGACGAGCGGCGCGAGGGGGCCAGGAGGCCAUGCGCCGACGACAGCAAGCGUUGGCAGAGGCAGGAUACGACCUGGACGAGAACGACAUGGAGCCAGUGCCGCAGCUGUACUACGACAAGGAGGUCCAGCACGUCAUCUCUGACGAGCUGUGGCAGGCCACCUCCGAGCGGGUCAGCGUGCGCGCCCACGACGAGCUGCCCCAGCAUUUGCAGCACACAGUCGUCGGCAAGAUGAUGGAGCGGGGCAUGCUGGACCUAGGACAACAGUACGACCGCUUCGCAAGCACCCUCGAGCUCAGCCUGUGCGAGAGCAUCGGUAUCCCAGAGGAAGAGCGUGGACGACAUCUCGGGCACAGCAGGCCCCCGAGCUACAAGAGCGCGAGCAUCAAGGACACCGUCACCUCUACGCCAUGGGCAGGGGUCGAAAGGAAGAUCCAUGCGUGGUGGGCGGAGAUCUCCACCUUGGUGCGGCAGCUCUCGCACCAUGAUGCCCGAGCGCAGGAGGCAGCAGCAAGCCGACUGGGCAAGACCCUGACAAUUCCCGACGAGUACUCAGGAGGUGAACAGGGCCCGUCCGCGCCUGAGCCUGGCCCCGUCAUGUCAGACAGCCAGGUAGGACGCAACACCAUGGACACCCGAGAUCACGACCCCUUCGAGGACGAGGAGCACUACUUGGAGUACCGCCAGGAGAUCGCAGACCAGGAGUACAGCGAUGGGUACCACCAGCACACCGAGGGGCAGCAGGACAGCCUCGAGUUCGGCCAGUCCGUUCGCCGACUUGCAGCUGGAUCUGCCACUCCCCCACCAGCAGGACGCAGCGCCAUGGACGUCCAAGACUGCGGCCCCUUCGAGCAGGAGGAGGACGACCCACGGUAUCGCCAGGAGACCGCAGAUCAGGAGGACUGCGACGGGCACCACCAGCGCAUUGAGGGGCAGCAGGACAGCAUCGACUACGGCCAGUCCGCUCGCCGGCACCCAGCAGGCCCAGAGGCAGAGGAGCCACGCGAUAUGGGCCUGCCCCCACCAGACCGCUGGAAUGAAGACCAGCACCAGCGGGAGUGGGAAGACUACGUGGCCAUGAGAGACGACUUAGAGUACUGGGCGGCCAUCUGGAUGGAUAACUUGGUGCAGCUCCCCACGGACAACAGCAACUGGAUGCAGGUCUGCGCGCCGUUCCUGGAGACCAUCUUGGGUGGCGGAGGCAACGAUGGAAUGGUCAGAUUGCUCAGGCGCAGGUACCAACAGGUCCGCACCCACAGCGGCCACCAGACGCAGCAGCAGAUUAACACAAGAUGGCAGCUCGCGCAGCAGCUCAACCAGCCUGACCCAGGCAGGCUGAACGAAGAUGGUGCAGCCAAGGACCAGCAGCAGACCCUCCUCACAGACCUGCACGCGAUAGCAGAGGGCGCCCUCGUGGCGGUGAAGAAGGCGCACAUCCACUGGGUGCACGACGCCACGGCAGGCAGUGCUAAGAUGGCCCGCGCCUACACCAAGGCAGCGGAGCGCAGCCACCUGGAGGACAUCCUUGAGCAUGAAGGCCAGGUCAUCAACCACCCGCAGCAGCUGGUGGACUUGCGCAAAGAGGCAUGGCAACGCAGGUGGACACGAGAUGCGCAGAAGGCCGAGAGGAUCCAAGAGGCGCUGGCCAAGCUGAGGCAGGCGGCCCUGGCCCAAGAGAAUGCCCUCGAGCCCAUCAGCAAGGACAUCAUCGGCUCCAUCAUCCAGCACCUGAAGCGCAAUGCUGGCCAAGGAGCGGACUGGUGGAGGGCUCCAGAGCUCAAGGCCAUGGGCGCCCAGGGGCUUGAAGACUUCGUGCAGUGCCUGAUCAGCUGUGAGCAACGGGCAGCGUGGCCGCGGCAGUUCUACUUGGUGCUGGAGCUGCUGUUGGGCAAGAAGCCAGGGAUCGGUGGUGAGCGCCCCAUCGGCCUCAUGCCCAUGCCGCACCGCAUCUGGAGCGCAGCCAGGAGGCCCAUAGUAGCCACCUGGAGCAAGGCAGCGGCGGGCUUCUGGGAUACGGCAGUAGCAGGCUCCUCAGCGCUACGAGUGGCACUGCACAGACUGACGAGGGCAAAAGCCGCCACGGAGAUGGGCUUUCAUGCAGCAGGAGUCUUCUACGACGCGGUAAACUUCUACGACAACAUAGGCCUCGGCCAGCUGAUCGAGAAAGCCAGCGACCUCCAGUACCCGUUGCUGCCGCUGGCAAUGGCCGUGCAGAUGUACAUUGCGCCCAGAGCCAUCAUGUCCCACAGCCUCUUCUCGGACAUGUUCGAGCCUGCCAACAGCAUGGUAGCUGGCUGUGGCCAAGCGGUCGACCUCACCAGACCGCUCUUGUAUGGCAUCCUGGAUGCAGCGCGCAGGCACCACAUCUUCGUCGUCAUGCAGCAGUACCUGGACGACUUGGCCCUGCAGGUAGAGGGUGCGCGGAGGCAGGCCGUAGACCAGAUCAAGUACGUGGCAGUGCUGGUGCACGAUGGUUUCAAGCAGCUCUCCAUACCCAUCUCCGUCAAGACGGCAGUGGUGGCCUCGGACAAGGACCUCCAGGCAGAAGUCGCCAGCAUCCUGGACAGCCUGGGCACCCCCAGCAAGCAACCAGGUGCAGUGCGCGACCUCGGCGUGGACACCAGCCUAGGCAAGCAGCUACGGCGACCCACCCAUGCAGCGCGCCAGGCCAAGGCCAAGCGGAGGGCGGCCAAGCUUAAGGACCCAGCGAAGACGGACGCCAGAGGUGCGGCAAAGGUCUACUCAGCAGGGGCCCAUUGCCAGCAGGCCUGGGACUUGCCAGCGCGCGGCAUCACGCCCACGGAGGCGAAGGCUGUCAGGGCCACGGAGGCAGCGCUCCUCACAGGCGGACACAAUGCUGGGCGCUGCACGUCCACCAUCCUCCUGAUUCAGAGGGGAAUGCAAGAGGCAGUAACACGAGCCAUCGGCGACCAGAUCAAGCAGUUCUGGCUCACCAUAGUCGACCACCCGACGGAGCUCAAUAGGUGCCAGAGAGGCUGGCUCCUGCUCUCCGCCAAGCUGGACGCCCUGGAACCCAACCGCAGGUGGCAGCAGGUCAAGGGGCCCAUGGCAGGGGUCAUCGCGCAGCUGCUUGGGUUAGGCUGGAUACCGCGACGCCUGGACAGCUGGAUCAGCCCAGCAGGUGACGAGUGGGCCUACAAGCCAUAUGACAUUCCACACUUCGGCGCGCCCCUGCAUGAGGUCCAGCAGAGCGCGCAGCAGCAGCUCUGGCGGCAGGCAGCAUGCCAUCGCAGUGGAGAAGGACUUCAGGCUGGAGGCGACCUCUUUCAGCUGCAGCGCCACCUGAGGAGGAGGAGGCGCAAAGGACAGCAUGCAGAGGCAGCCAUGCUGGAGACUAUAGCGGUGGCGGGCAUCUGGACCAGGGAGCGUCACAGGGCGGCCAACCUCAACAAAGAAGGCGACGACACCUGCGCGAGAUGCGGCGUGGUGAUAGAGACAGAGGAGCACCGCUACUACGCAUGCCCAGCCAACGCAGAGAUAGGGCACAGCAAUGACACCGACCUGGCGAAGAAGGCGAAAGACGCGCUGGACCAGCGGCAAGACCUGCACUUCUGGCUCCGCGGCAUCCCGCCAGCGGCCUGGGCAGCCAAGGUCGACCCAGGCGAGGGCGUGGCGAAGGCGGCGCAGAUCUUCUGCACCAGCGAAGAGGCGCAUGCGGCAGCCCAGGCAGGGUACAAGGUGCGAGCAGACUACGUCUUCACGGACGGCUCAGGUGGUGCAGGGGAAACGGCCAAGGAUCCCCGCCUCAGACGUUGCGGCUGGGCAGUGGUGGCCUUCAGGUUCGACGAGCAAGGACGUCCGCAGGAAGUGGCCGCCUGGUGCGGCACGAUCAGGGCACCACGCACGGUGCCACGGGCAGAGCUCACCGCCAUGAGCAAAGCCAUCGGGUACACCACGGCGGCGACGGCCAGGGGACUCAACAUAGUCAGUGACUGCAGGUGCGCCCUGGGCGCACUCAAGCAGAUCCAGGAUCCUGAGGACCUGGACUACAGGAGCACGAACUACGACCUCUGGCUCCAGACGAAGCAGCAGCUGCAGAACAGCACGGACACCAUCAUGGGCCACCAUCUCCCAAGCCACCUGAUUGAGCACCCAGCCGAGCUGGAGAGGUGGAAUGGUCCCACCUGGUGGGUCAUCCGAAACGAGAUGUACGCAGGCUGGGGAGCGGAGCAUGGAGCAUUGGAUCCAGCCAUCAUCGUGCAGCAGCAGACCAGGGACCAUAUCACCAUGGCGGUGCACAAUCGGCUGCUGGCCAUCAACAUGGCGGUGACGGUGGAGGACCCCAACAAGGCCCCUCAGCGACCCAAGGCCAAGCGCCGAAAGCCGCCGGCGGCAAGGGACAGGGCAGCCCAAUUGGGACACGACUUGCGCAAGCUACAUCCGCGAUGGUGGUGCGCAACGUGUCGCAGUGGCCCAGCCAAAGGACAAAUCAUCAAAGACUGGCUGGCAGAGGCGGGAGAAUGCCUCGGGAAGUACGGCGGCCACCAGGACCAGCACGGCAACGUCAGGCUUGACUUCAAGGCGGUGCAGAUCGGCACGCAGGUGGUGGACGUCUCCCACAAGACGCAGUACACCCAUGGCUGGCUCUGGUGCGAGAAAUGUGGCGGCACCAGCUACCUUGGGGACCACAAGAGCAGGAUCGUGGCAGGAGAUGAGCCAGCAGCAGGCCCAGCUGCUGAGGAGGGUCUCAACGAGAUCACCAUGCCUUGUGAUUUCAAGCUUGGCCUGAGCAACCACGAGGCGAUCGACCUGGACGGGGGCAGCUCAAAGGCAGGGGACCCGCAGCCAGCGCCACAGCAGCCACCCAGCCACCCGCACUCUGUCGUCCAAGCCAGCUGGGGGCUCGUGGACCACAUGGAGGGCUACGCGGAGCUGUGGAUGAACAUGGUCGACCAGGGGGUCUGGGGCGACAUGGGCGACUGGAUGGAGCACUGCGUACCGUGCCUCCUGGCCAUCACCAACGUGGGCGGCAGAAUAGACUCGCAAGAGCAGACCAGGGCUGUCACCGUGCAGGAGCUUCAGCAGAUCAAGGACUUCUGCGAAGAAGUCUGGCGCAACACGCACCGCAAGCGACGGAGGCUCAUGACCAGGAUGCUUACCCUCCCGCACGGUACAAGGCAGCAGGUAACAAGAGUGCACAUGGACGCGUUCCAGAACAGAAGGAACAACAUCCUAGCGCACAGCAUCCCCAGCAGCGAGCGCAGGCCGCUGCCGGGAACAGCGGAGGCCAGCAGAGAGUGGUCACCAGAAAACCUGGACGAUGAUGAUUCGACACCAGACAGUGAAGCCCCAGAGCAGGAGGGUGAGCCGAGCGACCAGGAGAUGGAGACCACGGCAGGACCUGAUCAGAGGAGCGACACCAACAGCCUGAUGCAGCCGGUCGUGCAGGUGGCAUUAAAGUUGACCAAACCAGUGGGGCCCGACCUGAUGAAGUUCGCGAGCGAAGCCGAUGAAGCUGGCCUGCUCCACCCAAGGCUUCGACACAAAAGAGAAGCCGACCAGGACCCCGAGCAGAAGGUGGCGUGGCUCGAGCGGAACAGGCUCGAGCAGCACAUGCAGUCGCUGGCAGGCUGCUGGAUCCAGAAAGAGGGCGAACAGGGCUGGCCAUCCUGGCAGGCUGCGUGCGUGCCCCAUGUGCUGAGGGAGCUGCAGACUGGCGUCUACCAGAGGCUGUUCAGCCACGUGUCAGGGCUGAGCCGCCAGCGCAGCCAGCGCCGAGCGGCGGAGGAGAUCUGCCGCAUGGCAUGGCUCAACAGCGGAGAGGCGCGCAGGCAGAGCCAGCAGCAGGACCCGAAGGAGGCAGAGCGGCGCAAAGCAAUUGCUGAGCAGUUCCCGGGCGUGACUGAGCCAGUGAUGAGGAGCCGCAGCCCGCGACCGCAAGCAGCAGUGCGAGUGCCAAGCAGGGCCCCAGCCAGGCAGCCGAUGAGGCACCCAGAGGCCAGGGCCACCAGCAGCCCCGCCGAGCUGCGCACGGCAACGCCAGCGCCCGAGCUCGAGAGGCCCAAGG